GUUACCUCCCUUCAUUCCGACGCGAUGGCUGAGGAAGUGCCGGUCAUAGAUUUUGCUGCUUACCGAUUGCAGAUUACUGACCCUGAAUCUGUUCCCGAUUCAGAUUUGAAGACAGUUGCUGACAGCUUUUAUGAAGCUUUGAGUACAGUUGGAUUUUGUUACAUAAAGAACCACGGAUUAUCCCAAGACAAGAUCGAUGACUAUUUUAGGGUUUCGAAAACAUUCUUCAGUCAGCCGAGGGACGUGAAGGACGCGUGUGAGUCUCCGACUGGUAGAUUCAAUGGCUACCAAGCACUCGAGAAAGAACGACUGACCCCCACGAGACCAGGAGAUCUGAAGGAGACCUUUAAUUAUUCAGCAUGUGAGGAUCACCUCAAUAUUAAAUAUCCUGACAAUGUCCCAGGUAUGGAAGCUGCGUUUUCGACCUUCUUCACCUAUGUCACGCAUCUAGCCCAUCGCGUCCUGGAUGUCAUGUCUCUCUCCCUGGGCCUGCAGGAUAGGUAUUAUCUCAGAAAGCGGCACCGAAGUCUUGGAGGCAAGAAAAGUCCGGCAACACUGCGGAGCAUAUACUAUCCACCUCUACCUGACGAUGGUUCAAUCAAGCAUGGGCAACUGCGAUGUGGCGAACACACAGACUAUGGCACCCUGGCACUGUUGUUCCAAGACAAGAUUGGGGGGCUACAGAUACGGUCUAUGGAUGGAACCUUCAUUUCGGUACCCCCGAUAGAGGGAACAGUCGUGGUCAACAUUGGCGACCUCAUGCAGAGAUGGACGGCCGACAAACUCAAGGCGACGGUCCAUCGAGUCGUCAUCCCAGAAUCGGAGACAAUCAAGAAACAAUGUCGGCAGUCGGCGGUUCUUUUUGUGGAUCCAGAUGAUGACGUCAUCAUUGAUUGUUUCGAUGGCUCUGGGCGAUACAGCCCCAUUAAUUCCCAUGACUUUGUAAUCGGCAGGAUAAAGGCCACGUAUGAAGAAGCUUGAUUGCAUGAUAUACAUGCAAACACUAUUUGUUUCUACUGUUGAUUUUGAUAAGCUUUUUUAAUUAUCAAAUUAAUGAAUCUGUUAAUACAUAUCCUUGCUUGGAAGUUGUUGAAGUUUUGCUUUAUGUGAAUAUCUUAGAAGAAGUUAAACAGAUCGACACACAACGCUGACACACAGCAGAGGAGUCAGAAACAGACAUACAUUAAAUUUUCAAUAAACAACAACAAGAAAACGAGGAUUGAUAAUGAAAUCAUUUGUAAAAUAGAUAUUUAGGUUUCAAGAUAUUACAGUUAUGUUGAUAGCAAAAUUUAUAAAUGUGUAUUUUACAGAAAAUGUUUUCAUUCAUUUGUCGUAAAAGAUUAAAAAUAUUUAUUACGUUUUCAAUAUUUUUGUGAAACCAUGCAAUGUUGUUAUUAUAUAUAUUGGAUGAAUAUGUACAGUCGGGCUCUCAUUUUCUUUCAUACAAGUGCCACAGAGGAUUCUUCAUGAUAAAGUGAAAUCAUCCAAAACUGGCUGUUUAGUUCAUGUUUUGUAGAAAAUAUUUGUAGACUUAUAAUUAAGGUAUAAAUUGCUGCAUCACAUUUCAGUGACAUCUAAGCCCAUCAUCUUCAUGUUUCCUUAUCACUUUUAGACACAUUUUGUCCCAUUCCAUAUAUAUUUUAGCGGAUGUUUUAUUUUGGUUGUUGAUAAAUUCCUGUGGUUUAUCGGGGGUGUAGAGAAUAUUGCUAGGGUAUAUAUGUUAUCUGUUCAAAUGUUCUGAUUAUUCAGGUCUUGGGAAGAUUUUAGUUAUUGUGUUUUGUCUUGUCCUGGCGUUAAUGAAUCAAAGGUCUUUAAAAUAUGUGAUAUUUUCAAAUACUUCAAUACCAUUCUGAAUGCCAAGUCGGAGUUAACACAGCUGUUGUUUGAAAGUGGAUCGAGUGUCAAUUAGAGCCCUAAGAUUCUGUUGUGCACCAUUGAUGAAACUCAGGAUGGUCUUCCAGUAUCUUCAGACAAGACAAUGACAGGUACUUUUGACACUAACAGGGUGUUAUUGAUUUACAGGCUACCGGAAUCCACUUGUAGAAGGUUCGAAUUCUCUCUGAGUAUGUUCCAUGAAUUUUCAGAAUUCAAGAUUUAAACUCCUAGGACAUGCUUGACUGUGAACCUGUUCAGCAGGUGCGUUGUGAAGCAGCUGAAAUACUGUACGAUUGAACUCAUCCUGGUUUGAAAUACUAAGCUUGGAGACAUUGUUAGAAUUCUGCAUGUCAAAACAUAAUUACUGUGGAAUCCUAUACUCAGAUCUGAUCUGAACAAAACCUAUAAACCGUAAGAUAAUGUAAGUGCUAUGUUGAUUAAUGAUAGACCAUUCAAUAUGAGGGUGUCGUGGCAAGGACGUUUAUUUAGACAUCUUAUUCCUUUGUCAAACGUUUCUCAGUCAAAGAGAGAGUCAAACAUAGUUUUAGGGGACCCACACCAUCUUGUUCUUUAGAAUAAUCAGCCAGUUCAAUUAAUGAAUUUGUUUAUUGUAAAUCCCGAAGAGAAUUAGUUUUCAAACAUUUACGGAAGCAGAUUCUUUUUCUUUGUGUGAGGCGCCAAAGAUAUUGUCAGCGCGUUGUAUGUCCAACCUAAAAGACCCAGAAAACUUUCCAAUCCGAGAUUCUUUCUUAUCGGGAGGAACUUUAAUUGUUUUGUCAAGUUAGUUUUCAUGGUUUGAGGAGAAAUAGCCUGUUAUCCUGGUUCGUGUCUCUGGGUUUCAUCAAAGGUUGUGAUAUGCCUGAACCCUAAACGCUGAACAAACAGCUUGUGAAUGUAACAAAUAUACCAUGACAAAGAUUGUUUGUUUGGUUUUUUUAUCCAUUUGUGUUCAAAUAUAUAGACAGAGUUUUAAGACUACGCUCCACAGCAAUAAUGUGUGCGACAAAUGUUAGACAAAUACGUUGGAGAUCAGAAUUAUUUGGGGGGAUAUUUUUAGUCUUCACAACACAAAAUGUACCCCGAAAUAUUCAGAAUGCAUACCUACGACACAGUAUGACAAUAUUAACAGGCUAUCGGUUAGUGUAUCACUUAUGUCGAUUAUUCGGAAUCGCAUUUGAAGUGUGCAUUUCAGCAUAUUAUUGUGUUUUUUGUUUAAAGCUUGAAACUCACCAGUGUGCGUCCUCUAUGUGAGUUAACACUCGGAUCCCAAAAUUCGAUUUGCUAUAAACGAUGCAGGCUUAAACAUAUUGCAUGUGUGAGUGUCAGUUUUGCCGGAAGUGCAUGUACACGUGUUUGACGUAGAAUGAUCCGUUGUUGUAAUACAGGCAUUGAGACAACACAUACGCACACGCAAAACGCACAUGGACAUACAUUGUAUGUGCAAGCAAGUGUGUUACUCGUUCAGGAGCAUAAUCAUGACUAAUGUUAUUGUCGUAAUGUCUGUUACGUAUUCGUAAUAGAGCACCUUAGUAUUUCCUCUCUGAUCCUGAUCAUGUUGGUACAAAGGGCGGUAUAUAUAGUGUGAGGUGGCGGAUACAAGAGUGACCGGAAGACCUAACAUUUAACAUUCAGAUAUACAACUGUUUGGUACAAUUAAAAAACGCUAUGAAUUUCA